CUCAAAGCUCAUCAUGACAGCCUCCGGCGACCUAGAGCAGUUCAGGAUUGGAUGCGACAUCAUAGGCCCAUACCUUGUCUGUCACUGGACCAAUAGGACCUUGGAUUGUAGCAUGCGCACCGAGAGGAGACGCUUUUCGUGGUAGUGGUGUCAAGUGGAGUCGUUUUCAUCUGCCUCCCGGGGUGUGAAAGGCCGAUGAGAUGCAAAGGAUGUAGAGUGGAGUUUGGACUUUUAUGUGAGCUUUCAACGUGAAGAGAAGUGUGGGGACAAACAAGGAGCAAGGGGAGGGGGGGAGUCAUUGAGAGAGAGAAGGCAGGGUGAUGGGAAACAUCAACAAGGCGUCUAAAAAGAACAGUAAAAGGAAGAAGGGGGUGUCACCCUUAGAAAGAAGCAGCUCCCCAUUGGCUGCCGCCAUGUUGGGGGACCUGGAUGCUGCCGAUGAGGUGGACUCAGACGAUGAGGAUGAAGAAGGCAGCGAGCGGGAGUUUAAUGAGCCCCUGUGCGCUCUGGUUAAGAACUGCAACGUGCUGCACAACAUAGUGGGGCCUGCUUGUAUCUUCCUUAGACAGGGCUUCUCACAGAGCCAGCUUGACAGAGAUCUGAGACCAGAGGAAAUGGAAGAGCUGCGUGAAGCCUUCAGGGAGUUUGACAAAGACAAGGAUGGCUUCAUCAGCUGUAAGGACCUUGGGGAGUGCAUGAGGACAAUGGGAUACAUGCCGACAGAGAUGGAACUGAUCGAACUCAGCCAGCAGAUCUGUGGUGGCAGAGUGGACUUUGAGGACUUUGUGGAACUGAUGGGUCCAAAGAUGCUGGCAGAGACCGCUGAUAUGAUUGGAGUCAAGGAGCUGAGGGACGCCUUCAAAGAGUUUGACUCCGAUGGUGAUGGACAGAUCAGCCUUGGGGAGCUCAGAGAAGCCAUGAAGAAGCUGAUGGGGGAGCAGCUCAACCACCGAGAGAUCGACGAGAUCCUGCGAGAUGUGGACCUCAAUGGGGACGGACAGGUGGACUUCGAAGAGUUUGUGCGGAUGAUGUCUCGCUGACUCUUCCGCAAACAUCACUCUGCUGCACUGAAGUCAACAUGGACCGGCCUGCACACUUUAUGUUCUAGUAAUUCUAAAAACUUCUUGAUGUCUGUAUUUUUAUCAGUUACCUCCAUCAUCUCUCAAAUAUAAGAGAAUCCCUUCAAUGUGUUAACUGUUUUAUGAUAGUAAUAUGUAUUUUAAUAUGUAAUGAGAGAUUAUAGAGUGUUGAGUCAGCAAGGAGAUGGUUUAACCAAAGCUGUGGGGUUUAUUUACAUUUGAAUAUAUUGCAUUUCAACUGAGAAUCCCAUGCAGCAACACUAUUUCUAUUUGUUAGAUUACAUAAGGAACUUAGUGCAUCAGUUCACACAAUAUUUAAAAAAUAUAUCACCUUCCCCAACUUGCUGCUAGUUGUCCUUUACCAUAUCCCUAGCUUGAGCUUUAGUUGCCAUGUCUGAGAUUUCUGUCUCCACUGUUGGAAACAGAGGGAAUUUAGUUUGUUGUGUUUAUAACAUGGAAAAAUAUAUAACUUUAAAAACCCAUUUAAAUAUGACAAAUAAUAUGUAGAGUAAGAUUUAUCUAUUUAUUUAUUUUUGUAAUUUAAAUAAAUAUGCAAUUUAUGACACUUGAAUCCGAAAUAAGAAAUAAGGAUGUGGGUUUAUUAUCAGAAUUUGAAUAAUACCAUAUUAAAGUCUUUAAUUCAAACUUUAAUCUAACUGUUUGACUGUGACUUUGAUACAUCAUUGUAGUAAAGAUAGUGACAAUCAAUUUUGGCUUUUAAUACAGCAAAAUACAUUAUAUAUCUAUAAACUUGUAUUUCCACUAUACAAUUACUUUCGGUACUAUGCUAGACUUUGAUUUUUGGUAUAAUUAAACCGAUAAAGAAAUAAGAUUAUGCUAACAGAAUCAUUUUCAGUGUCUGCUACACAUUUGUGCACAUCAGGUUCAUGUCCAUAUUCCUGUUUUCUUAUUCAGGUGGGAAUCAUUGACAGAGGCUGUCUCCAAGUACACGUAACUUUAUGCAAACACAUGUACAUUUAAUAUUUGAUCUAUACAGUGUUCUACAGGUCAGAUCUUUAAAAUGCACUGUAAAUAUAAAAGGUGAAUAACAGUGUUAAUAAAUUACUUUUAUUGUCUA